AUGGCCAUCCAUCCUGCCCUGCCUCCCAAGUCCGGUAAGAAGGUGGCCCCGGCCCCUUUCCCUCAGGGAAAGGCGGGCAAGAAGGCUCCCAAGAACCCUCUUCUCGAGAGGCGGCCCCGCAACUUCGGCAUCGGCCAGGACAUCCAGCCCCGCCGUGACCUGUCCCGCAUGGUGAAGUGGCCUGAAUAUGUCCGCCUUCAGCGCCAGAGGAAGAUCCUCCGUAUGCGCCUCAAGGUCCCCCCCGCAAUUGCGCAGUUCCAGCACGUUCUCGACCGCAACACCGCCGCCCAGGCUUUCAAGCUCCUCAACAAGUACCGGCCGGAGACCAAGGCCGAGAAGAAGGAGCGCCUGCUGAAGGAAGCCACCGCUGUCAAGGAGGGCAAGAAGAAGGAGGAUGUCAGCAAGAAGCCCUACACCGUCAAGUACGGCCUGAACCACGUUGUUGGCCUCAUUGAGAACAAGAAGGCAUCGCUUGUCCUCAUCCCCAACGACGUCGACCCCAUUGAGUUGGUCAUCUUCCUCCCUGCUCUCUGCCGCAAGAUGGGCAUUCCUUAUGCCAUCAUCAAGGGCAAGGCUAGGCUGGGAACCGUUGUUCACAAGAAGACUGCCGCCGUUCUGGCUCUGACCGAGGUCCGCUCCGAGGACAAGAACGAGCUGUCGAAGCUCAUCUCGGCCGUCAAGGAGGGCUAUCUGGAGAAUACUGAGCAGACCAGGAAGCAGUGGGGUGGUGGCAUCAUGGGAUCCAAGGCACAGGACCGCAUGGAGAAGAAGAGGAAGGCCCUUGAAGCUGCCAUCAAGGUCUAA